AUGGCAUCAGACAUGGUUAACAAGGACAAUGAUAAUGAACCCCCUAGGGAGACACGCGAAACACAAAGCAACAAUCCAAUUAUCAGAGACAAGGGCAAACAGAGGGAGGAGCGCCUACCAUUUCGUCUACCAUUCCGUCCUUAUGGACGUUUAGCCCAAGGCACAAGGCUACGUGACAUACUCCCAGGGCCAGCAUAUUUUCCACCGCUGUCACAGCCAGCAUGGCUGCCAAAGUAUGUGCCAGUGCCAAAUAAGACUGGUCGGAUUAAGAUAAUCCCCGAUGAUCCUCCUAUGCCUAAAUUUAAACUGGAUCCAAAGAACCCAUUUCCUGAUAAGAAAAGGGUACCUAGCCCUCUGCAUGUCCGUAAGAGCACAGGGCCUGAACAGAUAUUUCCAGCAAAUGUUCAGGGCUAUCAAUGGGCUGUUGCUGCAGGGUAUGAUGGGCAUUUGUUGCCUAGUCCAGCACUGACAGAUAUGCUGCCAAAGGAGGCCAGCAGCACAGCAUCAACUGAGAAUGCAUUUCAGUCAGGGGCUGCCCUUCCAUUUAAUACUCAGAUUUCUGGACAGCAAAGUGAACCAGCUAUUGAUCAUCCUAGACCAGAUGAGGAACGUGCGAUUGAAUUGCUCUCUGAAGAUGAACUGAAAGCAUUGGCCCAAAUUCAUGCUUAUAGGAAAGAAUUCAAGCCAAGCACUGUAAUUAUUCCAAACACCAAGCUGCCUCUUCUGCGAGGUGUUGCUGUGAAGCAGUUAAAGGACGACAACACAAGAGAAGAGAAGAUUGAGCUUCCAGAUAUAAGGAAAACAAUUCGCUUGCUUGUGACAACAUUGCCACGCCUUAGUCGUGGAUUCCUUUCUGACCAUAUCAUGAGCGUCUGGAAGCAUCGUGACUGGCAUGCAAUCAGCGGCCCAAAGAAGGACUACGCGGAUUGGACAUCAAGAGCUAUCCGCCGAAGUCGAAUAACUAAUCGCGGACAUAGCAACGGCUAUCAAAGCUUCGGUGACUUCGCCCAGUUGGACUUCGACUCAGCGUCACUGAAGCAUUUUGCAAUCAUGGACUUUGAAAAGUAUCCAGAAGCCAGGAAUCGGGUCGUCGUACGCCGCAGCCUUCCAAAGAUGGAGUUCAACAUCUUUCACCACCUCGUCAAACGCCCUGAAUUGACGAUUAUGGUGGCAAAGUAUCUUCGUAUCCAGGAGUUGCUUAUCCUGUACUCCAUCUCUAAGCCGUUCCAUAACGUCGUUCGCGAGCGGAUUACGGGAGUCAUUGUUUCACAGGCGCAUCGUCGAGCUCUAGAGUCAGCGCAGACCUUUCCGUUCCGCUGCUACAACAAGCUUUGCUUCCCUGAUCCUGCAAAGCGGCCACACCCAGUCCCAGCCAAGGCAAUGGCAGGGGAAGUCCGCCAGGUGCCGUCCUUUCGAUGGUUGUUGAUGGUAUGCUACCGUGAAAUGGUAUGUCAUGAGAUACUCACUAUCAUGGCCGAAGACGGUGUCCCAGUGCCUGAUAUGUGUGGAACUGUCCUGAAGAAAAUAUGGCUAUUGAUGGAUAUUCCGGACAACCUUCGACGUAUCGGAUUGAUACAAAAUUCAAGUGUUUUCUCCGAUCUUGAUCUCUUCUUCGCCACAACAUUUUUCGUCAAGCUGGAUAUGCGCUUCACUGAUCCAGUUACUGGAAGUGGGAAAGAUGGAAUGCGUCGUUUGCUUAUGGCCCAGCCAGGUCUCACUAUGUUAUGGAAAACCCUGAAGCGUACAGCUCUCAUCAACAAAUUGGAUGUCGUCAAGUUAUUUGUUCGCUGGAAAUAUAACCCUCCUCCAGAGGAAGAAGGACAGACGAUUUUGGGUGUUCCGCCAGAUGAGAUCGGAAAGAUGCAGUACGAGGCAUGGGGCACUAAAAAUAGCCGUAUUGUGCUCCAGCGUCCGGAUGAGUUGGUUCUCAAAGAGUCCAUUCGCCGGCAAUUAAACCUUCAAUCAUAUUACACUGAUAUAUUCCUUUGGGGAUAUAUCAACCCAGCAACAAAGGACAACUACCCCCCGAGAGAAUGCGUUCGCACCCUGGAUAGACUGGAAGGACUGGAGGAGAUUUUGCUGUCAGAAGCAGAACGAGAACAGGAAAAGUUUGUUGUUAGGAGCGUGCCGCCAUUACAGGCGACCCGUUGA